AUGAGCAGAGGUAGAGGAGAAGACUUCAAAGAACACCAGCGAUUCUCUUUUCCACCCUAUCAGGGCAGAUCUAGUCAAGAUAUUCGGCCCCAAAUAUUUCCAGCUUACCCCAGAAACCCAAGCUUGGGGCACUUCCAGUAUCCUCCUGGAGCCUAUUCCAGCAGUUCUUUCCAAUCUUACAAUCGAAACGAAGCACAACAUAACAUCGGGUAUAAAGACGAAGUUACAGACCUUCACCAGCAGCAGGCUUCGCUCCUUAAGGGGCAGAGUACUGAGCCACCCAGGUAUACGAGGCAACAAUCAGGGCAGCCCCAAACCCCUGUCGGACGUCCCCAGCGACAGGCAGGAGCAGGAUAUUAUAAUUUCCAAAGUACCAGCAACUACAAGAAAAGAGGAGGCUAUAGUCAAAAUAGGCCGAACUGGGAGAAGGGCUCCUUUGAUAGAUUUACACCUGGAGCUACAAGUCAGUCUGGUUCAAGGGGCCUGCAUAAUCAGUAUCAGAAUUACAGGGCCAGCCAGAGAACGUGUGACAUCUCCUCUAUUUCUUCAAACUUUUAUGGUCUGUCACUAGAAGAAGAUCGUUUAGUAAGGGCAAAGAACUUUAGCACUGUCCUGUCCUUUAGUAUAUCUGCAAAUAGAGUUUCAACCUCAGGUAGCUCUUACCUAAAGCUGACCCCUGAAAUCCAGAAGCAGGUUCUCGGUUCUUUGACCUCCUUAAAACGAGGUGAAACCCUCUCGGCCAAGUUUUUAGGCAGAAAGCUCCGCUUGCCGAAGAAGAUAGUCAACCAAGCGCUGUAUUCGUUGUCGAAGUUAAAUCAAGCAGUAAAGUUAGAAGGGUAUCCUCCUCUUUGGAGACUCUGUAAGGAAGGUGAGUCCUCCCAAGGAAGUUGCAAACUACAGCUUAGAACUGCAACUGAUGCGGAGGUUCCUCAGGGUACAUUUAUACAGCAAGACCAGGAAAUUAGUCAGGCAGUAAAAUCUGACAGCAACUCUUUGAGUACGACCUCAAUAGAAGCCAGUAGUGAUUCCAGUGAGGAAUUUGAAGAGGACUCUGAAAAAGAAGUUCUAGAUUCUGACCCAAACACAUUUCCAACUACUGCACUGGAACAAGAUUCUGCCACAAUGAUGGAUGCUAAAGAUAACAAGGAGCAGAUCCUGCACUUCCUCUAUGAGUCUGGCAAAGCCAGUCCAUUGAAGAUCGCCAAAAACUUGGGUUUUCGAAGUGCCAACCACAUUGUUUCCAAACUGAACGAAAUGGAAAAGCACGGCGAUCUCAGUUGCAGCAAAGAGAGGUCAACACAUAUGUGGGAGCUAUCUGCACACCAACGGGUCAAGAUGGACCGGCAGCGGAAAGCAUCUGUCGCUGUUCCUGAAAAACAGGAAGAGAUGGACCUUAAUGAAGAUUCAUUCACCCAAAAUACAGUCUGUAUACCAGGCUUGUCACAGGAUUCAAGUGAGCUGUCUGAAUUAGUGAACUGGGAAAACCAGCCCGAGAAUAAGACUCCUCAGAACAAAGAGGGUCCUUUAGGGAAUGGAUCACAUUCUGACUUGGCAGCUUUCAAAAAAGUUGCCAAAGACAAAACGGAAAGAAACGGAGGGAUGUCGGAGUGGGCUUCAGACGACAUCCCUGAGUUCCUGAACUCGAUCAAAUCAGAGGUCGCUGUGUCGCUGGCAGCGCCACCAUCUUCAAGCGUGAGUUUGGAAGAUAGCAAGCUGCAGAAGCUAAAGGAGGCGAGCAGCAAGAACCCUGUCAGUGGCCUGAUGGAGUAUGCCCAAUACCUGGGCUAUAACUGUGAAUUUCUUCUGCUUGAACAGUCCGGACCCUCACAUGACCCCCGGUUCCGGAUGCAGGUAAUGCUGGAUGGACGCAGGUUCCCACCAGCCGAAGCCUCAAACAAGAAAUUGGCUAAAAAGGAUGCAGCUGCGAAGACCCUGUAUAUUCUCACCAGAGAGCUUGAGGGAACUGGUGAUGAGAAGGAUGAAGAUCAACCUGCCGUUGUGAUGGCUGAGACAAAUGAUACUGCAGAUGAUUCUUUUGAGGAUGAAGAGGGACCACCAAAGGCGCUGGCUCGCUCCCUUCCAGGAGGCAAGAACCCUGUUUCUCUUCUAAUGGAGCAUUGUCAACGUACCGGCAACCAACAUGAAUUCAUCAGCACAGGGCAGGAGGGUCCGCCGCAUGACCCACGGUUCAGAUUCCAAGUGAAGAUCGGGGACAGUCUUUUCGCAGAGGCUUUCGCGCCUAGCAAGAAGGCCGCCCGGCAGCUGGCGGCAGAAGAAGCUGUAAAGACUCUCAUGGCAGAGGGGAAACUACAGCUCAACAAGCCACAGCAUACAUUUAGCUCACCAGGUGAUGGCGAGUCGCCGGCAGCUAUGCCACAGUGUCCAUCGCUGCCCCCGCUGACGGCGGCCGAGCUGCAGGCAGCACACGAGGCAGGAGUUGGCGAUCUCAUCAACCACCUGAACAACAACCCUGUGUCAGGCCUGCUCGAAUACGCACGCUCACGAGGUUUCGCUGCAGAGAUCCGUAUGGUUAACCAGUCCGGACCACCCCAUGAUCCACGGUUCACGUAUCAAGCUAAGCUGGGCGGUCGCUGGUUUCCUCCCGUGUGUGCCAGUAAUAAAAAGCAGGGCAAACAGGAGGCGGCAGAUGCAGCGCUCCGAGUGUUGAUAGGUGAAGCGGAGAAAGCUGCACGCACCGGAGAGCUCACGUCAGAGUUGCCGGUAACCGGAAGCACAAUGCAUGAUCAGAUCGCCAUGCUGAGUCACCAGCGCUUCAACGCACUCACUGCUCGCAUUCAGCACUGCCUUCUGGGAAGGAAAAUCCUUGCCACCAUUAUUAUGAAGAGAAGUGCUGACAGCCUAGGCACAGUCAUCAGCCUGGGUACAGGAAAUCGCUGUGUUAAAGGAGAAGAGCUGAGCCUUAAAGGCGAUACGGUCAACGACUGCCAUGCUGAAAUCAUUUCCAGAAGAGGCUUCAUCCGCUUUUUGUACAGCGAGUUAAUGAAGCUUUGGGAUAGUCCCAACGAGGACAACAUAUUUGAGGUCGCUCAGGAUCGUAUGCUCAAGAUCAAAGAUGGGAUCACGUUCCAUCUGUACAUCAGCACCGCUCCAUGUGGGGAUGGGGCACUUUUCGAUAAAUCCUGCAGCGAAGCAGCAGACAUCACCGGCACAGCUCACAUGCCCCUGUUUGAGAAUGUUAAACAAGGCAAACUUAGGACCAAAGUGGAGAACGGUGAGGGUACCAUUCCAGUAGAGUCCAGUGCUAUUGUGCCCACGUGGGAUGGCAUCCAGCAUGGCGAGCGCCUCAGGACCAUGAGCUGCAGUGACAAGAUCAUGCGCUGGAACAUUUUGGGACUGCAGGGGGCGCUGCUCAGCCAUUUCAUUCACCCUGUCUACUUGAGCUCCAUCACCUUAGGGUACCUGUACAGUCACGGCCAUCUGACCCGAGCUGUGUGCUGUCGGUUGGCUAGAGACAGUGCGGAGUUCAGCAAAAGCCUGCCUCCUAACUUUACACUGAACCAUCCUGAGGUGGGCAGAGUGAGUGUGUACGACUCGGCACGUCACACAGGAAAGACCAAGGAGUCCAGCGUGAACUGGUGCCUUCCAGACCAGUUAAAUGUGGAGGUGCUGGACGGCACUAAGGGCACAGUGGACAGCAGUCUAAGACUGGACGUGUCUCGCGUCGCCAAGUCCAACAUGUUCCGUCUCUUCCGGGAUGUGUGCAGACGGGCCGGUCGGCCUGACCUGCUGACGCUGCCCUCCUACUCCCAUGCCAAGAUGGCAGCCCGCCCCUUCCAGCUGGCCAAGGAGCAGUUCUUCAAGGCACUGGAACAGCAGGGCUAUGGAGCCUGGAUCAGCAAACCACAAGAGGAGAAGAGCUUCGAGUCUGAUGAGGCAUCUGGAGCUGAAAACUUCUUUUCAGCCGCAUAGGAAAAAACAAGGGUAGGCGGGAGGGAAGCACAGCCAGCAGCAAGAGGGGUUUUUUUUUUCUGUAGGGAGCGGAUGGAAAAGAUGACUGAUGAGACAGGACAGAAGAGGGAGACAGUGGGACAGAGGGAAUUAGAGAAGGCCCAAGGGUUGGUGUGUUCACCCUCAGCCUGUCAUUGCUAAAGAGAAGAAUCUAAGUUGUCCCUAGCAAAAAAUAUUCAGGCGUUAAAUUCUUUACAAUUAAUAUAGACAAUAAAUUUAUAAUCAAU